AACGCUCUGCAGCUAUGGCUUCAUCCAAACCUUACAUCGGUUGUAAAAUAAGAUUAAUUUCAAAAUCCCAAAAUCGUUAUGAGGGGAUUUUGUAUACAAUUGAUGCAAGAAGCUCCAUUCUAGUGCUGGCUAAAGUCAUCUGCUUUGGAACUGAGGGAAGGCCCACUGAAAGACCAACACCACCCCGAGACAUCAUCUACGAGUUCAUCACAUUCAGGGGAAGUGACAUUCAGGAUAUUGCACUGUCUGAAUCUCCUCAACACGAACUGCUUCAAGAUCCUGCUAUCAUCCAGUCAUCAAGCGCUGGUUCCUCAGGCAUCGACCCAGGCCUUGAAUCACUGGGCCCAAUGGGGAUGUCUGCAUGCAACCAGCUGGCUGCCAGCUCCCUGCUCAAUCAACAAUAUGCUGCAGCUCUCGGCCUCGGAUUGCAUGUUAGGAGGGGCCCCAUGGUGGAGAAGGCUGUUCAAACUCUCCAACUGGAAAGACGUCAGCAGAGGAGAUGUUUUACUGGGUCGCAGGAGGAGCAGAUUGACAGGAGGAAGCCCCGGAGAAACAGAGGAUCCACAGUGAGAUUAGGCUCAGAUGUGACCACUUCUCAGCAAGCAACUCGACAGGAGAAUCAGGAAAACAGGCCACCAGCAAGAAGAAGACCGGGAGCUCGAAGGCGCAGGAACCGUGGUAAAGGCCAGCUGGGGGUGACUAAUGUUCCAGUCCCUGUUCUCAAGUUUGACACAGACUUUGAUUUCGAUUUGGCAAACGCUCAGUUUAAGGAGGUCGAGAAGGAGCUGCAGAACAGGAUGAUUCUAAAAGAUGGAAACCAUGAGGAGCAGUGUGAGAAGGAAGGAUUGCAAUUAGAUGCACAGGAUGAGCAUUCUGGACCAAAAUGGUACUAUGACAAAGCAAAGUCUUUCUUUGACAACAUUUCAUCUAAUAGUGCCCUCAGACUAACCUGGGCAGAGGAGAGGAAGCGCAAUUUGGAGACUUUUGGUUUUUCUGGACGGUAUCUGAGAAGCCAGAGCUUUAGAAGUGGAUACACUCGAGGACGAGGCACAGCUUUGCCAGCUCAACAAAUGGGGGCUGGAGAACUGUGA